AUGACAGAUUUUUUAUAUAACUUUCUCAUAGGGGGAGUUACAGCUGCAUGUUCAAAAACUGCCUUUGCCCCAUUUGAGAGAGUUAAACUACUACUCUAAACCUAAGAUGCCAUUUUAAAAGUGUAGAAUGGACAAACAAAGAAAUAUAAUGGAAUCAUUGAUUGUUUCUCACGAAUAUUAAAAGAAGAGGGAUUAUCUGCGUUUUGGAGAGGAAACUUCCCAAACAUCAUCAGAUUUUUCCCAGCGCAAGCUUUAAGCUUUGCUUUUAAGGAUACAUACAAAUAAAUAUUCAUCCAAUAUGAUCCAAAGAAAUAACCAAUUCGUUUUUUUCUAAGUAAUAUUGCUGCAGGGGGUGCAGCUGGCGCCACUUCUUUGCUAUUAGUUUAUCCUUUAGAUUUUGCAAGAACAAGAUUAGCAGUAGAUAUUGGUAAGUAAGCUGAAAGGCAAUUCACUGGGUUAACUGAUUGUUUGAGUAAAAUGUAUAAGUCUGAUGGUUUCAUCGGAUUGUAUAGAGGUUUCGGAGUUACAAUUUUUGGUGUGGUGUUUUAUUGAGCCAUAUAUUUUGGUGCUUUUGACACAGCAAAAUGGAUGUUUAAUCACUAAAAUCAUAUAUUUUAUCUAUUUCUUUUAGGUUAAUUUGUAACAUUUACUGCUGGUAUUUUAUCAUAUCCCUUAGAUACAAUAAGAAGAAGGAUGAUGAUGCAAUCAGGUAUAUUAUUAGUAAUUAUCGAUAAAUAGGGAGAGAUGAUGUACUUUAUAAAAAUAGUUUUCAUUGUUGUUUCAAAAUUAUUAAAAAUGAAGGAAUAAAAGGAUUGUUUAAAGGA